CAAGCCAGACGACUUCCAGGAAAACUCGUAGGACUUUUCGUGAACUCUAGGGUGUUGGGGGGCCGUCGUAGUCACCGCCCCCAAGUCUAAUCUCGCCUUCCCACUGACAGUACUCAGUUGUUGCCCUUGUGCAGCCUUCAGGUCUGGCGUUCCGAGCUACAACCCUAGAUCGGACUUUGAACCCCCUCCCUAUCCUUCUCAUCUUGAGAACCCAGCAGUGAUGUGGAGGUGGAGACUCACGGGAGCCCCGGACUUCACCUGAGCUACCUCAGUCGCCAAGAGUGGCAAGAAAAGGAAGAAGACCCUGAGUUGGGGGGGACCAGGAUGCCUGACCGGGACAGCUAUGCCAACGGCACUGGGAGCAGCGGUGGAGGCCCUGGAGGUGGUGGCAGUGAGGAGGCCAGUGGGGCAGGGACAGGCAGUGGGGGGGCCACCUCAGAUGCCAUCUGUAGAGACUUCCUGAGGAAUGUCUGCAAGCGAGGCAAGCGUUGUCGUUACCGCCACCCGGACAUGAGUGAGGUAUCCAACCUGGGGGUAAGCAAAAAUGAAUUUAUCUUCUGCCAUGACUUUCAAAACAAGGAGUGUAGCCGCCCCAACUGCCGUUUCAUCCAUGGCUCCAAGGAGGAUGAGGAUGGCUAUAAGAAGACAGGAGAGCUGCCUCCUCGGCUGAGGCAGAAAGUAGCCGCUGGGCUGGGUCUCUCACCUGCUGACCUACCCAAUGGUAAGGAGGAGGUCCCUAUCUGCCGCGACUUCCUCAAAGGCGACUGUCAGAGAGGAACCAAGUGCAAGUUUCGGCACCUGCAAAGGGAUUUUGAGUUUGAUGCUCGAGGUGGAGGAGGCACUGGCUGUGGAGGCCCAGCAGGCUCUGCUCCCCCAGGACGACGGCACGAUCUCUACGACAUCUACGACCUUCCGGAGAGGGGCUUUGAGGACCACGAACCAGCCCCUAAGCGCCGGAGAGGUGGCUGCUGCCCCCCUGAUGGCCCCCAUUUUGAGUCCUAUGAAUGUAACUUGGCCCCGCUGCGUGGAGUUGAGUGCAGACUGCUGGAGGAGGAGAAUGCCCUGCUCAGGAAACGUGUGGAGGAGCUGAAGAAGCAGGUCAGCAACCUGCUGGCCACCAACGAGGUACUUCUGGAGCAGAAUGCCCAAUUCCGAAAUCAGGCCAAGGUUAUGACCCUGAGCUCCACUGCACCAGCGACUGAGCAGACCCUGGCCCCCACUGUGGGCACUGUGGCCACUUUUAACCAUGGCAUUGCCCAGACUCACACUACUCUGAGCAGCCAGGCCCUACAGCCUCGUCCUGUGUCCCAGCAAGAACUUGUUGCUCCUGCUGGAGCACCGGCUGCUCCCCCAACUAAUGCUGCACCUCCUGCUGCUCCGCCACCCCCACCUCCACACCUGAACCCAGAGAUCACACCGCUGUCAGCCGCUUUGGCUCAAACCAUUGCCCAGGGGAUGGCACCCCCACCCGUUUCCAUGGCCCCUGUAGCUGUGUCUGUGGCCCCCGUGGCUCCUGUGGCUGUGUCCAUGGCCCAACCCUUAGCAGGGAUCACAAUGAGCCACACUACUACUCCUAUGGUGACUUACCCCAUCGCUUCCCAGAGCAUGCGCAUCACAGCCAUGCCACACUGACAGGACCUACGGACACUCUACUCCCUGUCACAGCAUCUGAGGGUUGGGGUCAAGGGGCUCUUCUCCACUUGCAUAGCCCUCCCAGGCUCUGUCCGAAGGGCCACUCAGAAACUAGGACAAGAGACUACAAGGAGUAUACUUGGUAGGAGCAUCUCCUGAGGCAGGGUUGUGCUGGUGUGUUCUCUCCACUCUGGAGAGGGUCCUCUCCUUCAGGCCUCAACUCAAACAGGCUUGCAUAGGAGUUGAGACUGAAGCCAGCAGAAAGAAAGGACUAAGGGACUGUGUUUUCUCAUAGGAAGUUGGUGGUGUCCCUGGUCUUGUUUUCAUUGUGAACAGCACAGAUUCCAGCACUGGUGUGGGAGAGAAAAAUUCCCCACCCAGAGAGAGAGCCAGGAAAGAUCAAGAAAGCGAAAGUCAGUGGUCAGGAGCGAAGACCUUAUAUGAGCCUUCAGAUGGUUUGGGGCCCAAAAAUACUCCUGGGCCCCUGGAUAGGCUGGGACCAUAGUACUCCAACCCAGACUAGGGGAACAUUCACUUACCUCGCUUGGCCUGGAAAUCUGUAGGGCAGUGCCCACUACUUUCCAAAGAAGUAAAAGAACGUUAUUUUUUAACUAAAGAAGUGAAAUUGCUUUGAUGGCUGUUGGGGAAGAUUGGAGCAGAAAGUAGAUGUCAUGCCAGAAAAAAAAAAAGGUUAAAAGACCCACCCCCAGGUAGCCUGGGUAAGAUGUCAAACGGCCAAAUGGGGCUUUGGUUUGGGGAAGGCACUUUCUGGGAUAAAAGAAGUGGAGCCACCUAGUCUAGUUUAAAAAUAACCCUGUCUGUUUCUAGUCUCUGUCUUCAUGUGCUAUUCCCAGGUUGCCUUGGUAACCAGGGCUCUUAGGGUCAUUCAGGGGGGCAGGUACUAAGGAGGGUGUAUGUGCUGAGAUGGGGCUCUGGGGUGUUGUGUAGUUAACAGAUGCCCUUAUUCAAACAGCAGGACAGGUGGUGUUGCCUCUCCAAGCUGUUGAUGGCGGUUUAUGUCUUCCUGCUCCAACUGCUGCAGGGCCAGUGCUUUCGGCUUUCCAGGCUUCAGAAGUGCUAGGCAAAGAGAGGCAUGGUGGCAUAGCUCUAAUCCUAGCACUUGGAAGGGGAUGGGACCUGGGGAUCAAGAGUUAGAGGUCAGCCUCAGCCACAUAGUCAACUCCAGGUCAACCUGAGGCCUUAUUUUAAAAGUAGUAAUAAUAAAAAGGUCACUAAGGCCAAUGGCUCCAUCUGUGGCUAACAGAACGGGGGAGCAGACUUGGUAUAGGAAGUGAUACUGGGUUGUGCAUACUUCCUCCAUUACGUCUCUAAUUACCUAUUGGCUCUCCCGUCCGGUUGAUCACUCAGGAUGGUCACACCUGGGAUUGGAGAUGGGUGCUAGAUCAUGCUCAGUCACUGAGAAAGAAUGUUUUAAAAUUAGGGAAUUCCAUAGGCACAUGCCUGUAAUCCCAGCUACUCAAAGGCUGAAGAGAGGAAAUGAAAACACAGACAGAAGGUGGGAUGGAGAGAGGCCCAGGGAGUAAAGGAGGACACGUGCUGCCAGUCCUGCCUGCUCCCUGCUCCACAUAGGAGAGCCAGAGGACCCAGGCUCAGUUCCCAGCACCAUAUGGUAGUCCACAACUGUCUC